CAAGUUGCAUAAUCGACGGCCAUUUACUGCUUCCCCCGUAGUUAUAAGGACAGUUGCAUAACGUGCCGUUCGCUGACCCACCGCUUGAAUCAUGGCCCCUGCAGUUGAUAGUCGCCUUGCUAUCCUCGCCGGCAUUCUGCUUUUCUUUGGCGCCGUCAAGGCGCUUAGCAAGUCCACGAGGCGACGGAAUAAACUUUCUCUUCCUCCUGGCCCUGUGCCGCUCCCAGUAUUAGGGAACAUCUUGUCAGUUGACUCUCGGGAGCCUUGGCUGACCUAUACCGAUUUGGGUGCUGCGUAUGGAGACUUGGUCUUCCUGCGAAUGAUAGACGAGUCCAUUGUCGUGGUCAAUUCUCAGCACGUUGCAGAAGCCUUAUUGGACAAGCGUUCUCGGAUUUACUCCAAUCGACCAUACCUCGCCACAGUCGAGCCAUAUGGUUUUUCAAUCAGUUUUGGAUUUAUGAAUUAUGGCUAUGAAUGGCGUCUCUGCCGACGAAUCUUCCACCAAACUUUCCGUCCCGAGCUUGCAGUACAAUAUCGCCCAACGCACAUCAGGCGGGCUCGUGAGAUGAUCGUCAACCUAGUCGAUGACCCUCAACAUUAUCAUGAUCACUUCGCAACGUUCUCGUUAUCAAUUGUGAUGUCAGCUAUAUAUGGCUACGAUAUCAGUGCUCGUGAUGAUCCUUUGGUGGAGAAUGUGGUAAAGGCUCUGGUUCCGGGCGUGAGCGUAUUAACCCCACAGAGAUCAUUGAUACUCAAGAAGUUCCCCUUCUUACUUAAGUUACCUGACUGGUGCUGGGGAUCCUCGAUGAAGCGUGUUGCUCGAGUAUCGACCGAGCGCCUCAAUGAAAUGGCCGACAGGCCAAUUCGACAUGUCCGACAGCACAUGGCAGACAGCUCGUUCCUCGCUCGAUCUUCUAUGGUCGCAGAAAAUUUGCGACAGAUAGAAACACAAGAGGAUGCAUUCAAUCCUGUAUUCGAGAGUGCCUUGAGGAAAACAGCUUCUACUGCUGUCAUGGCUGCAUAUGAGGCGACUGCGACAGUUUUAAAGGUUUUUUUUCUGGCUAUGGUAUUGCAUCCAGACGUUCAGAAACGUGCGCAAGAGGAAAUCGACUCAGUGGUUGGAAAAGAACGGCUGCCAACAUUCGAGGACAGAGCAUCACUACCCUACAUUGAUGCAAUUGUACGAGAGACUUUCCGAUGGGAGCCCGUUGCACCCCUUGGCAUAUCACAUGCUACCUCGAGUGACGACGUAUACGAUGGUUAUUUCAUUCCAAAAGGCGCAAUCGUCACAUACAAUACAUGGGCUAUUACACGGGAUGAAAAGCGGUACCCCGACGCAUCUCGUUUUAUGCCAGAGAGGUUUAUCGACGUCAACGGUGCGUUGACAAGUGAUGACCCCGCACAAUACUUUUUUGGUUUUGGUCGGCGUAGAUGUCCAGGAGUGUAUACUGCUGAUUCCUCCGUGUGGUCGGCCGUUGUGACUGUGUUGGCCACAUUGGAUAUUUCUUCUGGCAAAGAUGAUCAAGGCAAAGUGAUCACAUUCACUCCCACGUUCAACCCAGGAGUAAUUCGCUCUCCUGCGGACUUUCCUUGCUGUAUCUCGGCACGAUCUCACAUUCAUUCGGGCCGUGUGGACAGUUGGCGAACUGCCGAGUCUUGAAAGAAGGGAUGACAGUUCGCCCCAUUGGGGCAUUGGGGGACUCAUCAAUCAAUUAUGCAUUUCGAGUGUACACUAGGUCAGUAGUUGCGAUGGAACAGAAAUGUGUCAUAUGGGUCUCAGUCACCCGGCAUGUCUAGCUGUUGGGUCAAGGGCGUUGUGCCAGAAUAGUUUUCAAAAAGAUCAA